ACCAGUGCUGGGCAGAGUUCAGUAAUAUUUGGCCCUGUUGCCAGCUCUUCUGCUGGAGGCACACCGGCUGGUUCCUCCUCAGCAGAAAAGUCAAUCAAAUCCCCAGUCUCUAGAAGUCUAUCAAAUCCCCAGUCUCUGGAAUUUCCACUGCUGAUUCUUGGGCAUGCUGUUGCCUGUAUGCCCUUACCAGAUGCUUUUAUUUCAUCAGUAAGUAUUCCAGAUCUGGUUCAAGCUCUGAGACCCCUGUGAGACCGAACAUAGCCUCUCUGUCUUCUCGCAGGUCCUCAAGGGUAGGUUCUCCUUUAUCGCCAAACACAAAAUGAUCUGUAAAGCUCUCUCACAGCAGUCCAGGCCCACCAAAGUCAUAUCCCUCCGGUGAGCAUUCUGUUGUCACCCCUAAAUAUUCCUGCUCUGC